AGCAUGCAACAGGUCUAGUUCGACAACAUUGUUGCAUUUCUAGUCACAAGAAUAUGCGCUUGUCAGGCCUUCAGCGCGAGGUCAUCAAGCUGUACCGCUUGUGCCUGCGGGAGGCGGGGCGGAAGCCAGAGGCAACGAGAGAGAAUUUCCGCGAGGCGGCCAGACGAGAAUUCCGUCGAAAUCGCACGAUUGACAAAAAGGAUUUCAGCGCAGUGGAGACAUUGUUGAGGUUGGGAAGAAGAAAGCUGGAGCUCUACUCCUCGCCCGGGGUGCGGGACAUCCAUGGGAUCUGAGGAUUACUCGUCGAUCAACGUCCCCAAAACAAGUUGACAAAACAGAUCUCGAUCGACGCCAACUACUUACGCAAUCAAUUCUCCAGCCUUAGACAUCGUGUCGACGACAUGAGGGUGCAUAGAUCUUGUCGAUUCGUGUUCGAUUCGUGGGUGUCGAUAUCACGUGACUGGAUGGAAUCCCAUGGCUCUCCGGAGAAACAUUUCGCCACUUUUGGAACAGGCACGAAGAAUGCUUGCGUCGCCUGGAAACAUCUAGCAAAGUCGAGUCAGCAGGUGACGAACAUACGACUGGGUUCUGAUUGCGACCACCAUAUUCGAUUGAUUCGAGAUGCGCGGCUAUAAAGGAGUGGUUGAAGUUGGGGUUUCUCGAAUCCGACCUCAGUUCUUCAGAUCAGUCUUAUGCAUUCCACCAGAAACAGAGUAAUCCCUCGAGCAUCAAGAAUUAUCAAAUCUUCUUGCCCAAUUUCCACCUCAUCACCAAAAAUGUCUCUCCUCUUCCCAAGAUUCGCAUAUGCGCCCGCGCGCACUUCUCCCAUCAGCCACGACAUUGGCCCCCUUUUCAACCUGUUUGACGAGACGUUCAACGAGCUUUCACGAGCAUCUCGGCAAAACAAAACCUGGAAUCCGAGAUUCGACCUCAGAGAGUCAAAGGAGGCUUACGCUCUCGAAGGUGAAUUGCCUGGAAUUGACCAGAAGGACCUCAGCAUCGAGUUCACUGAUGAACACACCUUGAUCAUCAAGGGCCGGACCGAACGACACUCAGAAUCCGGUCGCCGACCCGGUGCGAUUGAGGCCGGCAAAGAGAAGGCGGCAAUUGAGGACGUUCAUUCCGAUGCUGCAAGCGACAAGUCCCACCACGCCACCGUCGAGGACGAUGAGCCAGCCAAUGGUUCAGCAGUUGCUGCCGCUGAAGCUCCAUCGGCCGAAGUCGCAAAGACAGACAAGCCAGCGACCCCUGCCGCCCCAGAACAUCAAUACUGGAUCUCAGAGCGACACGUGGGUGAAUUCUCACGCAGUUUCAACUUCCCCACCAGAGUCAACCAAGAUGCCGUUAAAGCAUCAUUGAAGAACGGCAUCCUCAGCAUCGUGGUUCCCAAGGCUCCCGCCCCAGAGAGCCGAAGAAUCCGAGUUGAGUAGAUUGGCGAGUCUUAUGAUUGUACAACAUUAAUCCCGGUUCACUUGGAGCGAUUGAGUUCACACAUGGAGGAUUUUGUAUUUGGCAUGCAUAGCGAGGAUUUCUUAUUGCAGUCAUCUCAUGGCAUUGAAAGCUUGGGAGCGUUUAUGACAAUCACUCACACAAAGCAUAUCCAUCACAUUAGGGCAUUGACCCAAUAGCAUUCAUUCUUAGUAAUAAAAGAAUAAAAUCAAUAUUUUCAACAUCGACCAA